AGGGCUGCAGCUGUCUGAGAGCAACAAUAACAAGCGAUAACCAGCAAGUCAAACGCGGUGGAAACGGUGCCUGACAUCGCAAAUUAUCACCGACAUUCGCAAAAUGAGGUUGUCGAUAUAACUCCGGACUCCGUGGCUUCGUCCUCCGUGUCGGAAAACGGCUUUUCGUCGCGGUCAUCGCCGCGAAAAAAAACACGAAGAAUCGGCCGCAGGGGAACAGGGCAAUUCGGGGCUGCAUCUGGGUCAGUGGGCCCGUCGGCGGCUGUACCGGUGCUUUUCUUUUCCCCGCAGUGUCCCGUCGCUCCUGACAGUCGUUUACAUACACACCACUUCACCCGUAUUAACCGAGAGAAGAUGCAGGCUAACGGGGCAGGACAGGACACAGACUCAGAAGUAUCCUGCCAAAACGGUGCACAGAACGGGGAGUCUUCCUCCGCCGGGGCAGCUCACUCCAACGGACUUGUGUCAGUCACCAACAAUGGAAACACUGUCAGCAACAACAACAACGGAGUGUCAGCACAGCCUGCGUCCAACAACAACAGCCCGAACGAUGCCAACUCUGGCGGCAAGAAGAAGAAGCGACUGUCUCAGUGUGAGGAGGACGUCAUCCGGCUCAUAGGACAACAUUUACAUGAUUUAGGUCUCAAUCAGACAGUGGACCUCCUGAUGCAGGAGUCUGGCUGCAGAUUGGAGCACCCCUCUGCCACCAAGUUUCGCAAUCAUGUCAUGGAAGGAGAGUGGGACAAGGCUGAGAGUGACCUGAAUGAGCUGAAGGCAUUGAUGCAUUCUCCAAGUGCCAUAGUGCGUAUGAAGUUCCUGCUGCUACAGCAGAAGUAUCUGGAGUAUCUGGAGGAUGGGAAGGUCCUGGAGGCCCUGCAGGUCCUCAGAGCUGAGCUCACUCCUCUCAAGUACAACACAGAGCGCAUCCACAUCUUGAGUGGGUACCUGAUGUGCAGUCAUGCAGAGGACCUGCGAGCCAAAGCAGAGUGGGAAGGCAAAGGCACGGCAUCCCGAACAAAGCUGCUAGAUAAGCUCCAGACGUACCUGCCUCCGUCAGUGAUGCUGCCUCCUCGCCGCCUGCAGACUCUGCUGAAGCAGGCGGUGGAGCUGCAGAGGGAGCGCUGCCUCUACCACAACACUAAGCUGGACAAUGGACUGGACUCUGUGUCCCUGCUGCUGGACCACGCCUGCAGCCGGAAACAGUUCCCGUGCUACACUCAGCAGAUCCUCACUGAACACUGCAAUGAAGUCUGGUUCUGCAAGUUCUCCAACGACGGCACAAAACUGGCAACCGGCUCAAAAGACACCACAGUCAUUGUGUGGCAUGUUGACACGGAAACCCAGCAGCUGAAACUGAUGAAGACUCUUGAGGGUCAUGCUUAUGGUGUCUCUUAUCUGGCAUGGAGCCCUGAUGAUGCCUAUCUGAUAGCCUGUGGUCCUGAUGACUGCUCUGAGCUGUGGCUGUGGAAUGUACAGACGGGGGAGCUACGAACAAAGAUGAGUCAGUCUCAUGAGGAUAGCCUGACCAGUGUGGCCUGGAAUCCAGAUGGCAAACGCUUUGUCACCGGUGGCCAGAGAGGGCAGUUCUACCAGUGUGACUUGGAUGGAAACCUGCUGGACUCGUGGGAGGGAGUGCGGGUGCAGUGCCUGUGGUGUUUGAGUGACGGCCGGACCGUCCUUGCUUCUGACACCCACCAACGAAUCAGAGGAUACAACUUUGAGGACUUGACUGACAGAAACAUAGUGCAAGAGGACCAUCCCAUCAUGUCCUUCACUGUUUCAAAGAAUGGAAGAUUAGCUCUGCUCAAUGUCGCUACUCAGGGAGUGCACCUAUGGGACCUGCAGGACCGGGUGCUGGUGAGGAAGUACCAAGGGGUAACCCAGGGCUUCUACACCAUCCACUCCUGCUUUGGAGGGCACAAUGAAGACUUCAUUGCUAGUGGCAGUGAAGAUCACAAAGUUUACAUCUGGCACCGGCGCAGUGAGUUGCCCAUUGCAGAGCUGACUGGUCACACCCGCACUGUUAACUGUGUGAGCUGGAACCCCGUCCUGCCCGGCCUGCUGGCCAGCGCCUCCGACGAUGGAACUGUCCGAAUCUGGGGACCUGCCCCCUUCCUGGAUGUCCAGGACUCAGAGGGGCUCAAUGAAUGUUGCAGCAUGGACAGCUGAUGGUCUGCUGCUGCUGCUUGUAAACCUGAAGAGCAUUAAGACUCUGUAGACACUUGAAUGGACAAAGCGAGGAAAGCUUUGGUGAUUGAACAGCAGCUUCCUGGAGGCAGGACCAGCAGUGGCUGUGUAUCAGGACAUCAGAACACAGAGAAAUGAUUGAGAGUAGGGCUGACCAGGUGAUGCUGGACUCCAGGACCUCCUCCUGUCGGGACCCGUACCCUCACCUCCAUCCAGGAGCACCCACCUCCUCUUAUUUAUUAUCAGCCACAUAAUUUAUUGAGUAGUUGACUGGGCUCUAGGCUGUUAUAUAGCAGCAUCUGGAGCGUGUGUGUGUGUGUGUGUGUGUUCAGUCCUGCAUCUGAGCUGCUCACAUGAAGAAGCCUCAAGCUCUUUUGCUCUUUCAUCCCUGGAACCUUUGAAGAGAUUUUACCUGCAGGAACAUUUGAUGGAUGUGACACCCACUUGAAGAGAGUCUUUUAAAUACAAAAUUCUACAUUAUAUUGUCUUUUUUUUUAAAUACAGAAUUGUUUUCCUGUUUUUUUUCCUUCACCUUCCCUGCUUAUAGCCAGAGAAAGAAUAGUAUUUGAUGAGCAUGUUGCAUAGAAUUGCACAGGAUGAUGUGUUUGAUGGCUCUCCUCACUAUACCUGUUAUAAUAUACAGCAGCAGUGUGGAGAGGUAACCUUUUUAUCUGUAUAUGGAUUGUCUGACUAUAGUUUCCUUCAUGCCUUCAGUGUGGACUUCCUGUUUGUUUUGCUGUUACAGCUUUGCUCUGGUUUCACUGUUUGCUCUUUAUGAAUAAAUCAUGGUUUGUUUGCAGCAUGUUGACCUGUCACCCUACAUACAAAUAGCACUCUGCAUAUACAUUUCUUUUGGUUUGGUUUAGUUGUUACAUGUUUUGAAGUUUUAUUUAUUGCUGUUUGCUUUUUAUUCACUACAAAUGGAGUUGAGCAUUAAAAGAGAAACUCCCAGAUAUCUUACUGCACCCACUAGAGCUCCCACUGUUUAAAAAGAUGAGGCUGGUUUUACUCUAUAUGUGUCUUAUUGUCAACAAACCUCAUGACAACACCAAAACCAACAAUAUGUUCAUCUGUCUCUCACUACGUUGUGACUUUGCAACACUCUCUGGCAAACAGCCUCAAGCCCAUUGGUUCUGAGUAAUGAUGUAAAUCUUAAAAAAAACAAAA